UUUUUACAAAACAUUGUUCAAUGGUCGGUCAACCAAGUCGUGACGUGUUAACGGGAGAAAGGUAACGAACAAACGAAUGCGUGCGGCGACGGUAAGGCAAUAGAGAGUGACAGGCAAACCUCGGAAAGAAGACAAGUCACACGCCAACACGAAAAAAGUUUGAAAAUAGCCAUUAAAAAGUAACAACAAAGGUGAAUUAUUUAGGCGGCUUGAAGUUGUUGCUGUUGUAUACCUUGUGUGUGUGUGUGUGAGUGGCUUAGUGCUUGGUUUAGCGUAGUUUAGCAGCACGUUUGCCAACAAGUGUUAACAUUUUAAUGGGAAUUAAAAUGAUAAUAACACUAACAAUAACAAAUUAAUAAGAGGUAGAUGGUUAAUUAAUUUAACGUAGUGGAUUAUGCAAAAAAAUUGAAUUCGACUUGUAUGUGUGUGAACGAAUAGAAAGAGCACGGGAGAGUUUAAAUGAUUCAAAACAUGUGUUAAUUAAUGAGAUGUUAAAGUAAAAAAAUAAAGUGGAAAUUAAAUAAAUAAAGGAAAAUGAAAAUUAAAAUGAGACAAAACAAUAUUCUCUGUGUACCUAUGGCUAAAAUUAAAAUGUGAUUGCUGCAAAAAAGAAAUUAAAGUUAGAAAAAAUUGCAACAACAAAAUGAGUAAAUGAGUGAAUUAAAGUGCAUCGGUGCAAAAAAUUACAUCUGAAACAAGAGUAUUGUUGUUGCUCUGUAAGAAGUAUUGUUGUUCUUGUUCUCACUGGUAAAAGUGAAAUAGGAAUCGCGCGAUAUAUAAAACCAACCUAGAAUCAGUGAGAUACCUUCAUAAGUGAAUAGGCAGCUCCAAUUUACCUAUAUCUGGAAUAUCGAAUAAGAAACCCAAAUCAUUUGUGGGGCAGUAAACAGAUAAUAAAUCAUUGUUGCUUCACCAAAAAGAAGAAGAACAAAACGUUCAAAUAUUUUGUUUUUGCAUUGAAACAUCAACAAUAUCUCUCGAUUAAUGCAUAUUGAAAAUGUCAAUGAAUCAACAAAAAUUUCGACCCAGCAUAGCCUCGAUUGAUGAAGUCGAUGAUCGUAACCUCAAAAUGGAUGAUGCCAAACAACAGAUCGAGGGUAGUGAAACAGCGCCUUUAACCACCAAUCAAUUGAAGUUCAAUGUGGAUAAGACAGCGGCUGCCAAGGAUAUGGAGGCACAAAACGACAGGCAUGACAAUGAAUCCCAGGUGGAAACGCCUAUUUCAGGAGGGACAGGAUCGGUAAAUGGAAUUAGAGGUCGCCUCUCCAUUGAUGCUCUGAUGCGAUUAUCACGAAAGCGUCGAAUUUUAUACAUCACCACUGCCUGCCUGUGUGCCGUCUUACUGAUUAUCAUUAUAAUGAUGAUUGCUUUCUGGCCUGAAGUGCCAUUUUAUCUUAAGGCUGAAUUAUGUUUAGAAAAGGAAUGCGUUGAGGCCAGUCGACAGAUACUGCUGUGGUCCAAUACCACCAAAAGCCCCUGCCAUGAGACCUAUGAAUGGGCCUGUGGUAAUUUUGAUCGUGAAUAUGCUGAGAAUGAUUACUAUGUCAUCAAGAAAGGAGAAUGGAAUUAUAAGACUUUUAACGAAUAUCAAGAAUUGAAUGAAUUAAACCGUUUCAUUUCUAUGCUGCCAGCUUCAACGGUAUCUUAUUCGGUGGAGUCUAUGGUCUCCAGUUUGUAUAGAUCAUGCCGAGAAAUCGAUUCUUUGGAUAAGUCACAAUCCGAUUUAUUGCUUAAGAAGGCCAUACAAUCAGUAGAAGGCUGGCAAGCAUUAAGGGACUCUAAAAUUUUGCAAUUUUGGGAUUACAAAAAGGCUUUGAUUCACUUGCAAACUGCUUAUGGCAUAUUUCCAUAUUAUAAAGUGUCCAUUGAAAAUCGUUUUAGCAAACCCCAUGACUAUAUUAUCGCAUUAGAUGAGGGAGAAAUUGGACUACCAGACAAGUAUUUCUAUAAUAUAGAUCAAAAUGAUGAGAUUGUUAGAGGCUAUAUUUUACUGUUACGAGAUUUUGCCAUAAAUAUGGGUAUUGUAUCACAACAGGCAGAACUUUUCGCUGAUGAGAUUUUCAAUUAUGAAAAGAGAAUUGUAAAUCGCUUAGACAUCGUAAAAACAUCUGCCAGUGAACGAAAUUACAAUGAAAUUAAAACAUUGGCAGAAAUGAAAUCCAUUGCACCAUCGCUCCCAAUAAUGGAAACAUUACAGGCGCUCUUUCCAAACACCAAAAUAAAUGACGACACCGAAGUUUUGAUCAAGGAUGUAGAGGUAAUAAAUGAACUCUCUACUAUAGUAUCAAGCUCAGACAGAAAGUCCAUCAACAACUUUAUAAUAUGGUCCAUGGUGCGGCAAUUGCUGUCACACUUGUCCAAAGAAUACCGCAACUUGGUAGAAACUUUCGACCAUGCCGUCUAUGGACAUACUGCCACUUAUCCCAGAUGGAUGGUAUGUGCGAAAGUGGUUAAGGAUUGGUUGCCGUUUGCGGUAGAUACUUUAAAGCAGACUCAUGAAGAUCAAUUGGCCAAAAAGUUUUUACCUUCCCAUAUGAGAAAGAACAAAGGUCUGAAUAAAACAUCUGGCAAUGAUGAAUUCCUUAAACUGAUGUACUAUAGUUUAAGAAAUCAGUUGGAACAAUCGGUGAAUGAAGCCAACUGGAUUGAUAGGGAUAUGAAACGUUUUAUUAACGAAAAGCUCACCACUAUGCGUUUACAAAUUGGCAUUCCAGAAGAAGUUUUAGCCAAUAAAAGCUACAUCAAAGAUUACUAUAAUGAGUUAUUGCUCAAUAACUUGUAUUUCGUCGACCAUCUGCAAUCUAUAUGGAGUUUCCGUAAAGCUCGCAUGGAAGAAAAAUUAAAAGCUUUAACGAUAAUUGACACGAUUAUUUCGGAAAUGUACGCAGCCGAAGAACCUCCUACAGUGGCCUACUCGAAUAUGCUUAAUAUGUUGGUGAUUUCGCGCAGCAUAUCCUCAUCACAUUAUUACGAUUAUCGUUAUCCUGUGGCUGUGAAUUUUGCGCGCAUAGGCUCAGACAUACUGGAAGUUCUAAUGGAUGCGAUUUCCACAUUCGUGGAACAAUUCAAAGUCGAUAACAGAUACGAAAUGCAAAGCAAUUUAGAUAUGGCUAAAGUUGAUAUUGAGUGUAUAACCGCCGACGAAGAUGAUAAAGAAGACUUGCAAGAACUUUCAUCACACUCUCUAAAAAGUUUUCACAUCACUUUAAGUGCAGCCAAAAUAACGGCCAAAGCCUUAAGCUCUUUUCUUACAGCCAUUGAUGAGGCUUCGCCUAUUGUCGGGGCCUCAUUUGAUCAAGUUCAUACCUAUGAGAGUCUUAAGCUAACGGAACGUUUACGCAUACCCGGUCUAAGGUCAUUCAAUGAGAAUGAACUUUUCACUUUAGCCUAUAUGCAGAAACAUUGCAGUACAUCGAUAGCGGAUAAGGAUUAUGCCAAGAUAAAACCUCAUGUGGAGCAGCAAUUGGCUGAAAGAUACUUAUUCAAUGCAACUUGGAAUCAUAUACAAUAUUUACCCCUGUCCUCUAGUUGCCAUGUACCACCUGUACGAUGCUCAAAUAUUCUUUAAUUUAUAGUCAACUAGGAAUUAAUUCAUGCGUCUUUCCCAAUAACAAAAACAACAAGACUCACUUGCCAGAAUUAUAAUUUUUCCAUAGUAUAUAGAACUUUGAAAUAUUUUUAAACAUACACAUUUACUCCGUCACAUUACGCUCUGUAAACUUUCCGACAUUUUAGCCACGUAGAUUAAGUCAAUUUUUCUUAAGUAUUUCUUUUAACUAUCACAAUUCACCAUUUACCACUUAACGGACAUUACAGCAGAAAAGAAAAGCUCUAGUUUUACUGAAGAUGAUGUAACGAUGAAUAGUUUUUAGAGACCACAAUGAAAUUUUGUUAACUAUUCCGUAGGUAUAUAGAAUGUAUAAAAAUACGACUUACAAUCAAA